CACAACUGGACUGUGGAAGAAACCAUACAGUGGCUUAUUUCGUCUGUAGAGCUUCCUCAGUAUGCCAAACAGUUUGAAGAAAAUGCAGUUGAUGGUACAUCGCUUCCAAGAAUGGCUGUAAAUAAUAUGCAUUUCUUGUCAAAUUUGGGGAUUAAGGAUCCAAUACACAAGCAUAAAAUAUCUUUGAAAGCAAUGGAUGUUGUUUUAUUUGGUCCUCCCAGAAAUCACAAUUAUCUUAAGGAUAUUAUUUUAACAUUAUCACUCGGUAUUGCUAUUCUUGGUUGUUGGUUUGCUUUUGUUCAGCAUAAAAAGUCCCAAGCUCAGUUACGGAAAACUAUGAAAGACAUGGAAAGCUUACAGUAUGCUGAGGAAUCAUUAAGACAAUUACAAAAAGAAUUAGAUAAAGCAAAACUUGAACAAGAAUUAGUUGUGACAGAGAAGAAGAACUUAGAACGUAGGUUACAAAAUGAAAUUACUUUUGUGAAACAGGAUUCAUGUGGAAAUUCAGAAGCUGAUCAGACCAAAAUUCAAAGAUUAGAAGAAGAAUUAAGAAUUGUAACUGAAGAUUUACGAUCUGCUGAGCGAGCUUUGCAAGCACAAAAGUGGUUUCCAUCUCCUGCAUUACAGCACUGGCUGCAACUUACUCAUGAAUUAGAAUUGCGUCAUUAUAAUGAAAAGAAAGCAGCAGCAGAAAAACAGUUAGCUGCAGCAAAAGAUGGUUGUGAGAAGCUGCGAAAAAAAAGAACCAGCUUUAUGGGUGCUUUCAGGGUAGCUCAUGGAAGUUCCAUUGAUGAUGUUGAUAACAGGAUAUUACAAGCUAAAGCUGCUCUUUCUGAAGUGACCAAAGACCUACAGGAGAGGAUUAAUCGUUGGAAACAGAUUGAAGCACUGUGUGGAUUUUCCAUAGUACACAAUCCUGGAAUUCGACAUUUAGAAUCUUUAUUAGGAACUUCCAUGACAGUUGUCACUCCGCCAAACAGUGUAACUCCAAGAAUGACUAGAAGAAGUAGUGAAGGGACAUUAACAGAUGAAGAAUCUGUACCACUCUUGGAUUCAGGAAUAUCUGCUAGUGAGUAACUUAUUUUUAAUAUCACAGAUUUAUGCAUUUAAAAUUGUAUGAAUAUAUAUA